AUGUGGCCAACUGAUAGGGAAGCUCCAAGGAAAACAUCGAGGUUACACAACGUGGAUGCAGUAACAGCACUGGCCGCGCAAAUGGAAGUUCUUACCAUGAAAAUGGACAAUCUAUCUAAGUCAGUCAACAUGGUACACCAAUCACCACCUGUUUGCGAAGGCUGUGGAGCGGAUCAUGCUAGUACACGCUGCCCUUUGGCGUCUACACAUGUUAAUCAAUCCGAAGAAGUAAGCUACGCACAAAACUUUCAGAGACAGCAAAAUAAUCCUUUCUCCAACACAUUUAAUCCGGGUUGGAAGAACCAUCCAAAUUUUUCAUGGUCCAAUAAUCAAGGACAAGAACAGGGAGGAAGCAAUCAGAAUAAACCACCAGGGUUCCAACAGCAGCAACAUCAAGGAAGAAGGCCAUCGUUGGAAGAUUUGCUGGCUCAAUACAUUACUAAAACUGAGACCAACUUUCAAAACCAACAAGCCUCGAUCAAGAAUUUGGAACAACAGGUUGGACAAAUUGCAGCCGCACUAUCAGGUAGAGCUCAAGGGACAUUGCCUAGUAAUACUGAAACAAACCCUAAGGAACAGGUCAAAGCAAUCACUACACGUAGUGGCGUCCAGUUACCAGAAAUACAUGUAAAGCGGCCAGCAACUGUCAUCGAAAAGGCACCUACCAUGGACGAGGAGCAAGUGGAUGAAUUAGACAAGGCCGCUGAGGAAAAUCAAGUUGAGUCAUCAGAUAGUCCACAGGUGAAAGCAACUGCUCCUGUCAAAGCAUAUGUUCCUCCAAUCCCAUUUCCACAAAGAUUGCAAAAACAUAAGCUCGACAAGCAAUUCCAGAAAUUUUUGGAUGUGUUCAAGAAGCUGCAUAUUAACAUACCAUUUGCUGAAGCUUUAGCCCAAAUGCCCAGCUAUGCUAAGUUCAUGAAGGAUAUUCUAUCAAAUAAGAGGAAGCUAGAAGACAAUGAAACAGUCAUGCUUACUGAGGAGUGUAGCGCAAUUCUCCAACACAAAUUACCACCGAAACUAAAAGACCCAGGAAGUUUUACUAUUCCUUGUCACAUUGGUAAUUUGUAUAUAGAUAAGGCGUUGUGUGAUCUAGGAGCUAGCAUUAAUUUAAUGCCUUUAUCUCUUUUCCGGAAACUAGGUUCGAGGGAAGCAAAACCGACAACAGUUUCACUACAGUUGGCUGACAGGUCGAUCAAACACCCUCGUGGUAUUUGUGAGGAUAUUUUGGUGAAGGUUGACAAGUUUAUCUUCCCAGCAGACUUCAUUAUUCUGGAUAUGGAAGAAGAUAGAGACGUCCCCCUCAUAUUGGGUCGUCCAUUUUUGGCUACGGGAAGGGCUUUGAUAGAUGUGCAAAAGGGUCAGUUGAUAUUGAGGUUAAAUGAAGAAGAACUGACAAUCAACGUGUUUCGAGCUUUCAGAUUUCAGAGCGAACCAGAUUCUUGCAUGCAGAUUGAUGUAAUAAAAGAAGUGGUGUCAGAGACAUUCAAACUAGAUCACCCUCAAGAUCCGCUUGAAGCGUGCUUAGUACAUUCUCAAGAUUUACCAUCGGAAAAAGAGGAAGCAGAAGAAUAUGCACGUUAUUUGGCAGCCAUACUACCAUUCUUCAAGCAAUCGCGUUUGGAGCUCAGUGAAAGACCUACAACACCUUUACCAUCUAUACAACAAGCUCCAACUCUUGAACUCAAACAACUGCCAACCCAUCUUCGCUACGCAUACUUGGGGGAAAAGAAUUCACUUCCAGUAAUUAUCUCAAAUAGUCUGACAGAAGUGGAAGAGGAUCAAUUGCUGAGGGUGCUUCGAGAGCACAAGACAGCAAUAGGAUGGACGAUAUCAGAUAUAAAAGGGAUCAGCCCUUCGCUUUGUAUGCAUAAGAUACUGAUGGAAGACGAUUACAAAGCUUCAAUUGAGCAUCAACGCUGA